UCUAUUUGUUCGUUGAAAGAUAGUACAAACAUCACCUGUGGGUACUCCUUUGUUGUCUAUCUGGUAAUAAUUUAUUUGAUAUAUCUGAGUCACUCUGUGAGAGUGUUUGUCAUUUACACCUUCCUAUUUACUAUCAUAUUAUUGGAAAUACUAUCACCAAAAAUGGCGGAGGAGAUGCCACAAUUCAAAUUGCUCCUUGUGGGAGAUGGUGGUGUCGGUAAAACUACCUUAGUAAAGCGUCAUUUGACUGGAGAGUUUGAAAAAAAGUACAUUCCCACGUUAGGUGUUGAGGUGCAUCCUUUAAAGUUCCGUACUAAUUGCGGUGGUAUUCAAUUCAACGCAUGGGAUACUGCUGGUCAGGAGAAAUACGGUGGUCUUCGUGACGGUUACUACAUCAAGGGUGAGUGCGCCAUUAUUAUGUUCGACGUGACUAGCCGUAUCACAUACCGCAACGUACCUAACUGGCAUCGUGACAUCGUCCGUGUUUGUGACAACAUUCCAAUGGUUUUGUGUGGAAACAAGGCUGACGUCAAGGAGCGUCAAGUUAAGGCCGGCCACAUUCAAUUCCACCGCAAGAGGAACUUGCAAUAUUAUGACUUAUCAGCUCGUUCCAACUUCAACUUCGAGCGUCCAUUUUUGUGGCUCGCAAGACGUUUGCUUAACCAGCCUCAAUUGGUCUUCGUUGGAGAAUGCGCGAAAGAGCCCGAGUUUAGGAUUGACCCUCAGUUGGCUCAGGAGUGUGAGCGUAACCUAGAGGCUGCCGCCAACGUUGCUAUUGACGACGAUGGUGACCUUUAAGCAAAUGUAAACAUCGAAACUCAUAAUAAAGUUG